ACAAGUCUCGAAGCACCCUUUGAGCCUUUAAGUAUACCAAUUUCGGAUAAACGAUAUCCAAACAUCUCUUCGUAACACAAUAUCUCAAGUUAUCAUGAUGUCAAGAGUUUUGUUCACUUUUUGAAACUAAUAAAAAAAUGCAAGAAUGUUAUGUCAAAAGAAGAAGCAAAGGGAGUAAAGUAAGGAGGUUUAUGUUCACACUCACGGCUUAAGGCCACCAGGCCCAAAACCAUUGAAAUUCGUGUCACCUGCUUCUCGUUUUCUCACACGCCUUUUGGGAGCAUGUGUCAUCAGCCCCCGAAAGAACACACCAUAUUACAACAUUCAAAUUUUCUCUCCCAUUACAUCUUUCAUUUUCUGAAAACCCUAGGAUCUAUACGGCUGAAGCUGCUCUUGCUUGGGAAGCACAGGCAAUCAUAGGAUGAGCACUCAAGACAGGAGGGCUUUUCCGAUGAGGUAUACAAGGAAUCAAUCAAGAAGGAAGACGGUACUCGAUGUAGAUCUCAAUGUGCCACCCCCAUCUGAUAAUAGGGAUCACGAAGGAACUUCAAGUCGUGUUGUUCCUGGGGAUGUGCCACCUGCACAACGAGGUGCUUCUUCGACACCUGCCCCAAUUGAUGUUGAGGCUCUUGAUGAUGAUGUGAUGAUAAUUUCUUCCCCUAGGGCACUUGCAGAAGCAAACAACAGCAACAUGAGGACUCGUGGACAGGUUAUUCUUGUUGAUGAGGAUUCUGAGGAUCAUCUGCCGAUGUUUAACAGGCGCAACAUGCGCAGAAGAGUCUCAACCAAUCAGUCAACAAUAAUGGGUGACAUCUACAUAAACCUAGAAGCAAAUAGCAGCUUACAGGCAGUCACUGCACAGAGUGCAAUACCACCAAAGCCAAUUGAACCUCCAACACCGCCAAAGCCAAUUCAACCCACAUUUAGCUGUCCAGUAUGCAUGGGAACCUUAGUUGAGGAGAUGUCAACAAAAUGUGGUCACAUUUUCUGCAAAGCUUGCAUCAAGGCUUCCAUAGCUGCUCAGGGUAAAUGUCCUACCUGUAGGAGGAAAAUUACCAUGAAAGACACCAUAAGGGUGUAUCUUCCUGCCGCAAUUUGAUAUGAUAAAGGGGGGUGGCCACCAUUUUAUAUGGCCUGUGGAGGAAUUACUUGUAAAGCCAGCUUGUUGUUAAACUAAUAUGAGUUGUGGAAAUAUCGGAGGUUUUGGGAGAUGCAUUGUUGGGUUCGAAGUAUGAAUUGGGAUCACUGUUAGACUUGGAUACCUUGGCUGUAGCUAAUACCGUGCUCUUUUGUUUGCUUUCAAAAUACUAGCUAGUGGAAACUAUGGAGUUCUUGUACUUAUGUUUAUUACAUUGUAGUUUUUGCUUGACUUAAUUGCAGUUCCGAACUUAAUUGUUCGGUCCUAAUGAUUAUACUUAACUGUUAAGGGAGGAAAUGAAAAAAGACUUGUUAGACAU